CGCUGUCUGCAAACUCUGUACUCGGAUUGUUUUGGUUUUGGUGCUCUUUUCUUGCGGAAACAGAUUUUUCCUGUCCGUGCGUGUCAUACCCCCGUGCGUCCGACCAAGCUUUGCCCUGUGUGCCGUCGCCGUGUGUUUCAGCGCCUGAUAAUCCCCGAUGUUGGUCACUGUCCCCAGGUCGCUACCGUUCCAAAGAUGAUGCAGCCUCCCCUUGGCACGUGGCACUUUCGUCCCACAGCAACGGCUCAGAGACGGUGACGCAAGAUUGUUGGCAGGAGCCCCGGAGCGCCAUGUCGGACACGGAACGGACGGCCGCGGACGCGCCAGGUGCCAGAGGCGAGGUCGCCUCCGCGGAGCGUGACGGCUCCCCAUCGUCCUCGUCGUCCACGGCUACGCAGACCGAAGAGAAGGGCGUCCGCCAGAAGCUGAAGACAAUGACAUUCGGACGCCGGCGCAAGGCCGCCACCACUGCGCCGAAGGAUGCAGCGUCCUCGCGGGACACGCCCAAACCCCGCCGGAACGCGUGGGGCCUGCGGCUGGGCGGACGCAGGGAACCCGCCGAACCGCCCACCGGCUGUGCCAGCUGCAUCUGCACCGGCUACCGGCGCACCGAGGAGAAGGCGCCGGCCGCGGAUGCCAAGAAAGAAGAGUACCAGGUGGACGACUGGGACGAACGUGCUCGGAAGGAACGCGCCCGCGAGAUUGAGGAAGGCGUGGACCCGCCGCCGGGGUUCCGAUUGGACGACGUCCCUGUGGCGCCGGAGCCUGUCGUUGCGGCUCCGGCGGCGGAGGUGGCGGCGAUAGUGCCGACGUGGCCGCCGUGCCCGCAACCCUGGGAGUGGGAGCCGCCCGUCCACACGCAGGUGGACUACAUGCACUGCCUGGUGCCCGACCUGCUGGGCAUCACGGCGUGCGGCUUCUACUGGGGCAAGAUGGACCGCUACGAGGCGGAGCGGCUGCUGGAAGGGCGUCCCGAGGGCAGCUUCCUGCUCCGCGACUCGGCCCAGGAAGAGUACCUGUUCUCGGUGAGCUUCCGGCGCUACGGCCGCUCGUUGCACGCCCGGGUGGAGCAGUGGAACCACCGAUUCAGCUUCGACUCGCAUGACCCCGGCGUGUUCUCGUCGCGCACGGUCUGCGGCCUGGUGGAGCACUACAAGGACCCCGCCUGCUGCAUGUACUUCGAGCCGAUGCUGACGCGGCCCCUGCACCGCACCUUCGCCUUUUCGCUGCAGCACUUGGCGAGGGCCGCCAUCUGCGCUCGCAUCGCGUACGACGGCGCGUCGCGGCUGCCGCUGCCGCGUAGCCUGAGGGCGUACCUGCGCGAGUACCACUACAAGCAGCGAGUGCGGGUGCGCCAGAUCGACGACCUCGGGGGCUAUGCCGUGCUUGCGGACCGGCCCUGACCCGGUUGGGACGUCCCGUUCGGGGAACGGGGGCUGUGUUGGCACCCUCGCGCUCCUCGAAGCCUUCCGGGUGGUGAGACCCGAAGAACUUUGAAGGGUGGGCACGUGAACGAGGAAGUGCGCAACCACCUUGGCUUCGACUUCAGUCGCCACCGAAGAAGCAUAGGUCGACGCGCUCUGCAGUGAGGAAAGACAAUGUGUACAACGACGGGAAGCACCACCGCACGCAGAGUGGAGUUUUCGGGCGCCCUAAACGAAAUCAACCUCUAAGUGUGCGGCAAAGACUCAAAUGCGCUAUUUGUGAGGGUUUCGGAUUGCAUCAAUCCACGGGGAUGCGAACAUUGAACAGAAAUCACUCUUUCUCAGUUCUGCAACGGUAGUAGAGGAAGCCGUGCCGGCAAGGUGCAUGCAAUAUCGUCGCAAGAGAGAUUCCGCAGCCUACUGACUUCCUAGGUCUGGACCUGUGUGUGGUAAAGUGCGCGCAUAUUUUGAUCAAACCGGACAAGAACUUGCGUGGGAAAAUAUCUGCCGUUCGUUUCCUUGCCACUCGCAACUGAAGUUGACUGGGUUGCAGCUUUGUUGGCUGCCCCUCUCGCAGUCUCUAAAGUGGCCGUAAGCUGUGCUGACCAGCAGGCUGCGUGGGGGAAGAGUUUCAUGCAUCCGUUUCGUGCAUUUGUCUUGAUUUCUUAAGGUGCAUUGUCUUGUCGUUGUUCGCGUGAUGUGCCGCAACGGUGCAAGCAUCUGGGUUCUCACCACCCCUCAAUUGUGCUACGAUAUCCCUGUCUGUUUGGUGUCCAACGCCAUUUUGAUUUCUUUCGAAUUAUUAACUUCUUUGCCAGCUGGUCUAGGAUGUCAGCUGAAACAAAUGUGGGGUUGUCGGGGAAUUUGUUGCAGGACAUCCUGAGAGUUUGCGAAGAUCUUCAAAAAACCGUUAUUUUGAAUUGCACGCUCCCUUUUACUUGUAUGUUUGGGAGACCCAGUCACGUUUCAUUCGUGUCCAGGCACUCUUAUCAAUGCGUCUAGGCUUGCGCCAAGUUCUAUGUCAAUCAAAAUGCAAAAUAGAAAUAUCUAAUGGAGUGAAAUGGCACCACUGGUCAGCAUGCGCUGGCAAGUGUGGAAGCUCCGGAGAAACACUGCUUCGCGGAAGGAACAGCUAGUGAAAGCUUAUAUUAGGUUUGGCAGGCAUAAAAAUGUCACAGUGGUGACACAUUACGCACUCUGAAACACUCACGUUUCAUUCUCUAGUCUCGGAGGAAAAAAGUUUCAAUUAGGUUUAAACUUCCCACUCGUGGAAACAUUUAAACUUCCCACUCAUGGAAAAAUCCGCUCGAAGGUCAUAAAUCUUGCAAGUCGCAAACGUUGUGGUAGCCCGUAGAAGACAACAACUUGGCUGCAUUUUUUGUGGGUUCUCACCUGAGCCGCCUUUUGCGAGGAGAAAUUCCUGGCGAGGUUUUUAGAGGUUUGUACUGCAGACCGUUCAGUCUGCAGUAGCCUUUUUCCCAAAGGGACUCGCUGCAACUGCAGUCGGUAACGGGUUAGAACUGCAGGAAGGUCCUUAACCAGUGCCGCCUUCCGCAUCACCUUCCUACCUCCGAUAAUGCCUAGGCGUCGCGCGAGCCCCAAACGUGCACGCGAGGCCAACGCACACCGGAAGGCAAUGAGCGCACGCCGCAGGUCAAGCGUCCGAAAGAGAUGCCCCGCCGUUUUGGUCCUGCUGGCGACUGGUAAAGAACACCACGAGUGCGGCUCCGGCAGGACUUGCUGAGGGAGCAUUGCUCAAGCUUUGGCGCGCUCUCCUUUGCCACAUCUCUAACACGCCUUGCGGGCCGAGCCAUUCGGACACCAUUGUGAUAACAGAUUCGUCCUUGCGAGUCUCGCAGACUUUCGUGCCCUGGGUUGCACAUGUCGGCGCGAGUGAAGCUUGUACAUUGGGACUUCCGACUCGAGCAUCAACACUUGAUAAGCUCUUUUCAGAACCUCCUCGAGCAGCAUUGGUGGUCGAUACUUUUGAGGCAUGAAGCACGCGAUUCGAUCCGAACGUUGGUGUGACACGGGCUCAGCCGAGUUCACACCGAUUGUUGACAUAGCCCUCGUUUCCAAUGCAUGCUCGGAGUUUGUGCCCAAAUAAUGAUGGACUUGGAUAUGAAAGGCCGUCUGGCAGGCACCUCCAUCCUGUAGCCCAGUAGAGCGAGCAUAAUUGGCAACAGUUUCAACGUGAAAAUGCCACUUCCUGCGCUUUGAAUGCAGUGCGAGGAAGCUUGGGUGAUUAUGUCUUACCAUGUCGCAGACUGUUUUCAACGUUCCUUGAGGACGGAGCAAUGCUUCUUACGAUUUCAACAUUUCUUGAGGACGGAACAAUGCUUCCUACGAUUUCAGAUAAAGCUUCGGGUAAAUGGCAGCAACGAUUUUAGGCAAUGAGAUGGCUAAAAUGUCGCGACUCUGAUGCGUAGAUUAUUCGAUGGCCUCGAGACAACCAGUUCACGAGUAACUGCAUCAAUUUCGAGUCCGGGUCGCACGUAAAUCGCAGCACUAAUUCGACGCUAUGAACAGCGCUGGUUGAUCCAGGGGCCCUAACCUUAACAAACACAAAGUUGAGGCCAAAGUUGACAGAGCACACCUAUUGGCGUAUCAUGGCGAUGACUUUACGCUUUCUUCGCCGACGUCCAAUCAGCUUGCUGCGUGAACUUUCGGCUCCAGCUUUGUGUGUGACGAGGUUAGGGAUCCUGGAUCACCCAAUUGGCACGAAGUCUGUGCUACAUCAGCAAGGUCAACGCUAUUUUCAACACUGAGGUAGUAGUAUGUGUGAACGAGCCUUUGAUCACUUCUAGACAGGAGAGGAUCUGUGUGAUUGGGCGGCUGUUUUUUGGCUCCACUCUUGCUCCAGCCUUCGACGUAACAGAAUGUCUGCUUUGUCCAUGUCGCCGAACGUUGCACGUGCGAGUGCCCGGCGGGAGGUUGAAUGCCGGUCAGCGUUGCAGACAUACCCAAAUAUGUUAGAUUCGGUUUAGGUGCAUCCGGCAUUGUGGCUCGAAAGUGGGCCUCGACGCUGGCACGAAGGUGAACGCCGUGGAGGUUCCGUCAUGGGCGAAGGAAAGGCGAGGGACGGAGUGGCAGCCGCAGUGUAUCUGCAGAGCGCACCGGCAGCGAAUGCCCAACAUUCGCUCCUCACAACCUGUGGAAAAUUAAUCGCUUGAAAUUGACUCUUGUCCUUUUGAAUGGGGACGUCUAAACUGAACUUUCUUUGAGUGAGAAGCACUGUAGUCUGUUGCAGGUUUAGAAUAGGAGAGCGAGCCUCUCCCACACUGCUUUGCACUCCUGAUGAUUGGGGGUUUUCUCCACUCCAGCAUUCGCUCCGAUACGGUGAGAAGAGCAGAGGGUUUGGUUGGAAGAGCUUGUCCUGCUAUUCGAAACCUGCCACAUACUACAAAUGCAGUUUAAAACAAAACGGGCAGUCAAUAACCGAUUAGUCGGGUUGGUGUAGUUACUGGGUCUGCAGAUUCCUUUGCGCUACCGCUCCAUCGUUUGUGAAUUUUAAUGUUUCACAGGCAGACCUGUUGUCUGCAAGCUAAUACGAACUCUGGCUGUUGCUCAAGUAUACAAACAACUGCCUCCCACAUUUGGAGACUCGAUUUGAGGCGAGUGGUGUUUUGAGCUCCUCUUGUCUUUUUUCCAAGUUUUCUCUAUCCGUGGUUUUGUACAGAACACUUAUUUAUGGUCUAGUAUUUAUCGUUCCAAACAUUAUGCCCCAGGCACCUAGAACUGUAUAUAUGUAAGUAUGUAUAACCUCUUUCCUAAGAAAUGCGUGUAGGCAUGUUUCGGUAAAGUUGAUGUAACUGCAGAGUGUGCACCCUUCCCUGUUUUUAUUGCCUUGUACAGAAUAAAUACUUCUAGGAAGUGCUACCAAUU